AUGUCAACGCGCUUGAAACACAUCUUACUCUCCUCGAAUAAUCUGAAAAAGACGUGCGAUUUCUUCACCAAAGGUUUAGGAUUCUCCCUCGUUGUUUGUACGGACACUUUUGCCGAGUUGACGAUUGGAAAAAAAUCCCCCACGACGACGAGCAACAGCAGCAACAUCACUCUCGCGGUUCAACAAAAGACGUUGGUAUCAUCAAAGGAAGACGAAGACGAAGAAGAAGAGAGACGUAACAGACAGAGCGAGAAAAAUACUAUUUCGUUAAACUUUGAGGUUGUAGACGUCGAUCGCGCGGUAAAACAGUUGUUGGAAUUAGGAGGGACUUUGGACGGUCCGAUUCAGUUUACGAGCGACAAGUCAAAAACGGUUGAAAAAAUUGCUGCGAUGACAACAAUCGAUGGACAUUCGAUUGGAUUGUUCGAACCUAAAGAAAGAAAGAACGAAUAA